AUGGCAACGGGUGAUACCGUGUAUGCUCCAGAUUCGCAUCUAGGUUUCCCCCCUCCCGGAUUUGUUGUUCUCUUUGGCUUCUUCCUCUUCAACCUCUCUACGACCACCUUUCCCACCCUCCCCUCUUUGGCCUUCGUCGUGGCCGUCCGUUCAUUUUCCAUACUUUUGGAUACCGGUGGUCGCUUCAAUUUGAUUUCACUCGUUCCUUUCUGCCUGGCGCGGAUUCAAUGA